AUGGCCGACGGUCUCCAAAUGGGCAACCUGUCCAUCAACGACUCCCAGCACGCGCCCCAGGGGAACCCCCCUCAGGGUCAGGGUCGUGCCGCCUACAUCCCUCCUCACCUCCGCAACUCCCAGCGCAGCAUGGGCGCCAGCAACAUGGACGGCGCUGCCCCUCCUCCUGGCCCUAGCUACGGUGGUCCUCGAGGCGGUCCUCGCGGUGGCAACUGGGCGAACGCUAGCGCCCCCGACUUCAGCCCUCGCGGCCCUGCCAAUGGUAAUCCCAGCUGGAUCCCCCAAGGAGAAAUCCGGCCAUUCGACCCAUAUGCUUACGGAUAUCCCGGUCACACAGGUUACAGCGGCGGUGCUAGUGCUGGUGCUGGUGCUGGUGCUGGUGGUGGCUCUCAAGCCCGUGGCUCUGGUGAUGGCCAGUGGCGCGACGGCAAGCACAUCCCCGGCCCCGUCAACGCUCGCGUUGAGCGUGAGCUCUUCGGUAUCCCCAACGACCCGAACAAGCAGCACACCGGUAUCAACUUCUCCAACUACGACGACAUCCCCGUUGAGGCAUCCGGCCAGGAUGUCCCCGACCCCGUCACUUCUUUCACCAACCCCCCUCUGGAUGACCACCUUAUCACCAACAUCGGUCUCGCCAGCUAUGUCACCCCUACUCCCGUCCAGAAGUAUUCUAUCCCUAUUGUCAUGGGCGGCCGCGAUCUGAUGGCGUGCGCUCAGACCGGUUCCGGUAAAACCGGUGGUUUCCUCUUCCCCAUCCUCUCCCAGGCUUUCCAGAAUGGCCCCUCCGCUGCUCCUGCCCAGGGCGGUGGCCAGUUUAGCUACGGCCGCCAGCGGAAGGCCUACCCCACCUCUCUCAUUCUGGCUCCCACUCGUGAGUUGGUCUCUCAGAUCUUCGACGAGGCCCGCAAGUUCGCCUACCGCUCGUGGGUCCGCCCUUGUGUCGUGUACGGUGGUGCCGACAUUGGCUCUCAGCUGCGCCAAAUCGAGCGUGGCUGCGAUCUGCUCGUUGCUACCCCCGGUCGUCUCGUCGACCUGAUUGAGCGUGGCCGUAUCUCGCUCCAGAACAUCAAGUACCUCGUUCUCGAUGAGGCUGAUCGCAUGCUGGACAUGGGUUUCGAGCCCCAGAUUCGCCGCAUUGUCGAGGGUGAGGACAUGCCUGCCGUUGACCAGCGCCAGACUCUCAUGUUCUCGGCCACUUUCCCCCGUGAUAUCCAGAUGCUGGCCCGUGACUUCCUGAAGGACUACAUUUUCCUUUCGGUUGGCCGUGUCGGUUCUACCUCGGAGAACAUUACUCAGAAGGUCGAGUACGUCGAAGACAUGGACAAGCGCUCCGUCCUGCUGGAUAUUCUCCACACCCACGGAACCACCGGUCUCACUCUGAUCUUCGUCGAGACCAAGCGCAUGGCCGACUCGCUGUCUGACUUCCUCAUCAACCAGCGCUUCCCUGCCACCGCCAUUCACGGCGACCGCACCCAGCGUGAGCGUGAGCGUGCUCUGGAGCUGUUCCGUAACGGCCGCUGCCCCAUCCUGGUCGCUACCGCCGUUGCUGCCCGUGGUCUGGAUAUCCCCAACGUCACUCACGUUAUCAACUACGAUCUGCCCACCGACAUUGAUGACUAUGUCCACCGUAUCGGUCGUACCGGUCGUGCCGGUAACACUGGUAUCGCCACUGCUUUCUUCAACCGCGGCAACCGUGGUGUUGUUCGUGACCUGCUCGACCUCCUGAAGGAGGCUCACCAGGAGGUUCCCGCUUUCCUGGAGAGUAUUGCCCGUGAGGGCAGCGGCUACGGUGGUGGUGGCGGCCGUGGUGGCCGUGGCGGUCGUGGCCGUGGUGGUUCCAACGCUACCCGUGAUGUUCGUCGCUUCGGUGGUGGCAUGGGUGGUGCCGCUUCUACCUUCGGCAGCGGUAGCGCCUACGGCGCUGCUCCCUCCUACGGUGGCAGUGGCAGCAUGGGUGGUGCCCCCUCCUACAGCGGUGGUGCCAGCGGUGGUUACGGUGGUGGUUACGGCGGCGGCGGCGGCGGCGGCGGCAGCUACGGCAACCCCUCCGGCCCUACCGGCCCCUCUUCCUGGUGGUAA